CUGCCCGAGGACCUCACGACAGCCGAAUUUCGCCUCUCCCCAGCUUCCGAAUACCGACAAAAGAGAAUCAUGGCUCAGGCUCUGGGCUUUGCCUACCGCAUGGCGGUCCCUGCGGCCAUCGGUGUCGCGGUGCUUCAGUCAUCAAUCUACGACGUCAAGGGCGGAAGCAGAGCUGUCAUUUUUGACAGGCUAUCAGGUGUCAAGGAGUCAGUUAUCAGCGAGGGAACGCACUUGCUCGUGCCGUGGCUGCAGAGAAGCAUCAUCUUCGAUGUGAGGACGAAGCCGAGGAACAUCGCUACGACGACAGGUAGCAAGGAUCUCCAGAUGGUCAGCUUGACCCUGCGUGUGCUGCACCGUCCUGAGGUUCAGGCUCUUCCCAAGAUCUACCAGAAUCUCGGCCAAGACUACGAUGAGAGGGUCCUCCCCUCCAUCGGUAACGAAGUCCUCAAGUCCAUUGUCGCCCAGUUCGACGCCGCAGAGCUCAUUACCCAGCGUGAGGCCGUCUCGAACCGCAUCCGUAACGACCUGACAAAGCGCGCCUCCGAGUUCAACAUCGCCCUUGAGGACGUCUCCAUCACCCACAUGACCUUCGGCAAGGAGUUCACCAAGGCCGUCGAGCAGAAGCAGAUUGCCCAGCAGGACGCCGAGCGUGCGCGCUUCAUCGUCGAGAAGGCCGAGCAGGAGCGCCAGGCCAACGUCAUCCGCGCCGAGGGUGAGGCCGAGAGUGCCGACACCAUCUCCAAGGCCAUUGCCAAGUCCGGUGACGGCCUGGUUCUGAUCAGAAAGAUCGAGGCUAGCAGAGAGAUCGCGUCGACGCUGUCUGGCAACCCCAAUGUUGCCUACUUGCCAAGCGGCGGUAAGGGAGGCAGCCAGAUGCUGUUGAACGUUGGACGUCCGUAA